AUGCCAACGCAUAGCAUGGUAUCGUCAGCACUCGUCUCCUCUGAUGGGGCAGUAUAUGGCGUUCUUCAAGUGGCUUUCCCUACCUCGACUUUAUCUCCAAUCGACCGACGAAUUCUUGUGACUCAAACGCAGCUUUAUAGUAAAAUCUGCUGCUGCUACGUGGAGCAGAUAAUGUUCGAGAUGCUUCGCAAUUGUCGUGACCGUGUUCGCGCUCGCGUCCCCGAGAAAUUUAUGAAAUUAUUCAAGCAGAAUAAAAACUGGCGCAAAUACUACACGUUGCUCGAGCGGAAAGCUGUCGAGUUGGAGACCAAGCUGCGUGACGUGCUGGAAGAGCGCGAGCAGCUCAUCCAGUCGAAAAACGAGCUCCAGAAACGUCAUCAACUCGUGAAGGACAAGCUCGAAUCCAGCGAACAAAACUCGAAAAAUGUGAGCAACCUGGUGGCAGAUUGGAAAAAGAAGAUGAGUAAAUGGCAACAACUUCUGGACGACAAAGACCGAGCAAUUGCUGACAAGACAAAUGAGGUCGAGAAAGUGGAGAGAGAGUUUGAAGCAUUUCGACGUGAGCGACGCAGUAAAGACUUGCAGAGUUCCAAGUCUCUUAGCGAUCGAGGUCAGCUCAGUCUUCUCCAAGCAGAUAAAACCAGACUCAAGAGUCAACUGGUGCGUGCAGAAGCCGAUAACCUGCUUCUCGUCAAAGCCAUCAGCAUUUCCCGCAGUCAACAUGGAGAAUUACCGAGAACAAUCCAAGCAGAAGUGACGCGAGUAGCUACGCGAGUGUCACGCCGUGCCCCAUCCGAAGCUUAA